AUGCCCUCAUUAUUGACAUUUUCGUAUUCCGUGCUGUUUUUGUUGAAUUUGAGGUGUUUAAAUUUGAGAAUUCAACUGAAAUGAAGCUCCUUUAUCAUGUUUCUUCUGUUUUAGCUCGUUUGAUUUUGUAAUUUUGCCCAUACGUAUGCAGCGAAUCUAAUUCAUUUCUUUCAGAAUAAUAAAAAAUGACCGACGUUUUGCGAGCCGAGCAACAGCACUUUUUCAAGUACGAACCAGGUGAUUUUGGAAAGGGAAUUCUGGAUAAAUUGUAUCUUCUCAGAAUUCCAACAUCGCCAACAAGGAGUUCUCGCUCAGUCGCUUCAGUUUUUUUCAAUCGAGUGAUCGCCCCUCUUGAAAAAGCACAUCGAACUAGAGAGGACGAGAAUCCAGGAGCAGAAUGAAGUGAAGAAAGGUUCGUUUGAGAAAUAAUUUGAUUUUCAAGCUGGAAAAGGAAUGAGAUAAAGAUUUUUUUAGUUAAGCUUUUUUUUUCUAAAAAAUUUUGAAGUGAUCAUAAUACUAAAAUUGCGGACUAUAGGGGAUUUUGUUGUGUUAUUAUUAUUUUUCGAAUUCAUGAAGAGUUUUUUUUCGAAAUAUUUUUGUUUUGUCAUGUUUUGAAAGGACUUUUUGAAGUUACAAUAAAACUUUUUUCGAAAAAUUCACAUCAUUUUUUUCAGACGAGGAAGAUGCUGAGGCUCGAGGAAUGGCUCAAAUUGACACGAGCUCUUUGGGAGAACCUCUGCCGGAAUCUCUGAUCGAAAAAAUUGAAGAACUUCUUCAGGAGGAGAAGAAGCUGCCGGUUCAGGAAAUCGACAGGUUUUUUGGUGAGUUUAGAAAAUUGUUUGCGAUCUUAAUUGAAAAAUAAUAUUUCGCUGAAAACUCGCUUGUUUUAUUCAAAAAAUACUUUUUUUCCAGAAAGUUUGCCAUCGCAGCAGUACCGCCAAGUGAUUGCCGAGUUGAUCCAGGACCGCGAAAAGUUCUACGACGAACUUCUUCUUUGUCUGAUGGUCAAAACCGAGCAAAAGAAGGCUCUUCACAAUCUCUCCGAGCAUUAUCAGUUCUUCGAGCUCAAUGAGCUCCCUGCUUUCCGUCAGUUUUUAGAGAAAAGCUUAAAUUCAUAAUAGUUUAUUUUCCUGUUUUUUUUUGGGUUUUUGCGGUUCUGAUCGAUCUUUUUCUUGCAACAUAGAUUUUUGACUCGCUUUAUAGGUUUUGAGCAGUAGGAGGACUUUUUUGAUUUUUUUUUUUUCUGAUUUUUGAAAACUCUUUCGGCAAUUUUAAGUGGUCGUUAGUAGCGGAGAAAUGCACCAAAAGUUCAAUAUGAGACGUAAAUUUUUACCAAUUAGUAACGGUUUACUAGGGAACGUUUUUCAGCCCCGGUUGAACUUUUUCUGAAAUUUCGCUGAAGUCUACUUUAGGACCUCCCCAGAACAAGAAAAAAAAUUCUCGCAAUAGAACUUGUUUUCGAGUUAAGACGCUUCAAAAGCUUGAAAGAGCGCUUUUUUGUCAAAAUUUAGGUAUUUUGCAGACUUUGAAGCUUUUUUAAUCGAAAACAAGAUUUAUUUCAAAAAAAAAAACGAUCCCGAGUUAUUAUUUUUCAAGUUUUCUUGAGCUUCGAAAACCUGUUUUUUCCAGGCCCCUGGCUCAGAAAGUGGGAGAACUUUGCCAACGAACUCCGUUGCUACAUCCAAAUCUUGGAUGACAGACGCAGACGUGAGAUCGAUGAGAUGAACGCCGAGAAAGAACGCCAAGAGGCGCUUCUGAAGGACUUUGGCCAGCACGACUACGAGCAGCAGGAUUCCGUCACCGAAUCCGACAACGAGGCUUCUGAAGACGAAGUCUCCGAGGAGGAAGAGGUUCAGCAAGAGAAAGAAGAACUCAAAACCGAGAAGGUCACUGAGACCAAGGCGGAAAUUCGUCCUGAAAAUCAGGAAAUCGCCGUCAAGCUUCACUCUCCCAUCUUGAUCAUCUCCGUUGUGAUCCUCGCCAUCUUCCUCGUGAAACUCCUCUUUUAA